AUGCCAAAGUUGCAUCGCCCCAAGCACUCUCUGGCCAGGAACGUCUUUUUUUUUGUUCUUCUCCUGCAGAAAAGCUCCAUGGUUUGCUGGCUUUCCUCUCAGCUGCAGGGCACAUCAAACGCCCAUCACAGCCGCCCAGCCCCCAUGUCUUUUUCAUCAAACAAACUCUUCUUCUUUGGCCACCUACUUCACGCCCAUGGAAACGCUUUUGCCCUCCCCCCCAGAUUCUGUCUCUCUUCUUCUUCCCAGCUCAUUAUGCAUAUUCCCGCCCGGGCGCUUGACUGCAUAUCAGCCCGUCUCGUCCAAUGA